UGCUGUUCCAAUCCAGUCUAGCGUGGUGUUAUGCUCCUGUUCAUCCCCAUCAAUGGUGAGGAACCAAGCAGAUUCCAGCGCUCCAUCUGUCAUUUCCACCUGUGGCAGCAGACAGGGAUCUAACAUGGAGGGCACUGCAGCUGAAUCGAGAUCCAGUUCAAAUUCCUUGCAGCAACAUACAGGACAGCAGCCUCCACAGCCUCGAAAGAAACGACCCGAUGACUUCAAAUUUGGGAAAAUUCUGGGUGAAGGAUCUUUUUCAACGGUUGUCUUGGCUCGAGAAUUGUCAAGUUCUAGGGAAUAUGCCAUUAAAAUCCUAGAAAAGCGUCAUAUCAUAAAAGAAAACAAGGUGCCAUAUGUGACACGGGAGAGAGACGUAAUGUCCCGCCUGGACCACCCUUUUUUUGUGAAACUCUACUUCACCUUUCAGGACGAUGAAAAGCUGUAUUUUGGGCUUAGCUAUGCCAAAAACGGAGAGCUGCUGAAGUAUAUACGCAAAAUUGGCUCGUUUGACGAGACCUGCACCAGGUUCUAUACUGCUGAAAUUGUAUCAGCUCUGGAGUAUUUACAUGGGAAAGGAAUAAUUCACAGGGACCUUAAGCCAGAGAACAUCUUGCUAAAUGAAGAUAUGCAUAUUCAAAUAACAGACUUUGGGACAGCAAAAGUAUUAUCUGCAGACAGCAGACAAGCACGGGCAAACUCGUUUGUAGGGACAGCACAGUAUGUUUCUCCAGAGCUGCUGACAGAGAAAUCUGCCUGCAAAAGCUCUGACCUCUGGGCUCUGGGAUGUAUAAUAUAUCAGCUGGUAGCUGGAUUGCCUCCAUUUAGAGCUGGAAAUGAGUAUCUUAUAUUCCAGAAGAUAAUAAAGUUGGAAUAUGACUUUCCAGAAAAAUUUUUUCCCAAGGCAAAAGACCUUGUUGAAAAGCUAUUGGUUCUAGAUGCCACCAGCAGGUUAGGUUGUGAAGAAAUGGGAGGAUAUGGACCUCUUAAGGCUCAUCCCUUCUUUGAAACCAUUGUGUGGGAGGACCUACAUCUUCAGACACCCCCAAAACUUACAGCGUAUUUACCUGCUAUGUCAGAGGAUGAUGAAGACUGUUACGGAAAUUAUGACAAUCUCCUGAGUCAGUUUGGUUGCAUGCAAGUUUCUGGUUCUGCCUCUUCCCAUUCACUGUCUGUCCCAGAGACAAGUACACCACAGACGUCAGGAGGAAAUAUUGAACAGUACAUUCAUGAUCUUGACAACAAUUCCUUUGAGCUGGACUUACAGUUUUCUGAAGAUGAAAAGAGGUUACUUCUAGCAAAACAAGCUGGUGGAAAUCCUUGGCAUCAGUUUGUAGAAAAUAACUUAAUCCUAAAAAUGGGUCCAGUGGACAAAAGAAAGGGAUUGUUUGCACGUCGGCGCCAGUUGCUGCUCACGGAAGGGCCCCACUUGUAUUAUGUGGAUCCUGUCAACAAGGUUCUAAAAGGAGAAAUUCCAUGGUCUUUAGAGUUGCGGCCAGAAGCCAAGAAUUUUAAGACCUUUUUUGUUCACACGCCAAACAGGACAUACUACCUGAUGGACCCGAGUGGGAAUGCUCAUAAAUGGUGCAAAAAGAUACAUGAAGUUUGGCGGCACAGAUACCACCAGAAUGCUGCUAAAUAGUAAAGCUUAUCCAAAACUUCCCAGUUUCCCUACUUGCUGCUAGAACUCCAUGUGCAGCCGAUCAGAGGAAUCUUUUCAACCCACCUAUUACCAUCUCAAGGGGAAGCAUAUGUCUGAAAUGUUCUGCUUU